AGUAGGCAGAACCCUGCUCCCAGCCUCCCACCACCAUCUCUCCCUCCCCUCUCUCUCUCUUUCACUGUCUCUCUCAUUCUCCGGAGAAGUCCUGCCGUAGACUUUCUCUGGGUGCUGGAAUCAAUGUGGCACGCCAGGAUCUUGCACUGUGCAGCAGAGGCAAUGCAACUUUCCCCACACUGUGUCCCAUGGCUGACUGCUUCCUGAGAUGACUACUGGACUUGUGUUGUGUGAUUGCAAAGAUCAGAGGGACAACGUUGUGAGAUGAUUGCAGCCACCAACCUCGCUGUUUUCCACUCCCUGCCUGUUUUGACUUGAAAAGACCAUGACAGAAGUCUUUCUAUCAGCUCUUUUGAAUGUUACUCAAAGCACUUUGCUGGCAAGUGGCUCAUCUGCUGGGAAUGUCACAAAAUGCUCUCUGACAAAGACAGGCUUUCAGUUCUAUUACCUCCCUGCUGUGUAUAUAGUGGUUUGUAUCACAGGAUUUAUUGGUAAUAGUGUGGCAAUAUGGAUGUUCAUUUUCCACAUGAAGCCAUGGAGCAGUAUCUCAGUCUACAUGUUCAAUUUGGCACUUGCAGAUUUUUUAUAUGUCCUUUCGCUCCCAGCACUGAUUUUUUACUAUUUUAAUAAGACGGACUGGAUUUUUGGGGAUGUCAUGUGCAAACUGCAGAGGUUUAUAUUCCAUGUGAACCUGUAUGGAAGCAUUCUGUUCCUGACCUGUAUCAGUGUGCACAGAUACACAGGGGUAGUGCAUCCACUCAAAUCACUUGGGAGGCUGAAGAAGAAAAAUUCUAUCUACAUCAGUGCCCUGGUCUGGUUCAUUGUUAUUGCUGGUAUUUCUCCCAUCCUGUUUUUCUCUGGUACAGCGGUCAGGAAAAAUAAAACCAUUACAUGCUUUGAUACAUCUUCUGAUGAUUACUUAAGAAGCUACUUCAUCUACAGCAUGUGCACAACUGUCUUUGGCUUCUGCAUCCCUUUUAUACUAAUUCUGGGAUGUUAUGGAUUAAUUGUUAGAGCUUUGAUCUACAAAGAUAUGAACAAUGCUCCCCUGAGAAAAAAAUCUAUUUAUCUGGUUAUUAUUGUAUUGACUGUAUUUGCUGUUUCGUACCUUCCUUUCCAUGUAAUGAAGAAUCUGAAUUUAAGAGCCAGGCUUGAUUUUCAGGCUCCUGAAAUGUGCUUCUUUAAUGAUAGAGUGUAUGCCACCUACCAAGUGACUAGGGGUCUUGCAAGCCUCAAUAGCUGUGUGGAUCCCAUCCUCUAUUUCUUGGCAGGAGACACCUUUAGGCGGAAGCUGUCAAGGGCAACUAGAAAAGCAUCUAGAAGAAGCGAAGCGAAUGUGCAGUCAAAGAGUGAAGAGAUGACUCUCAACAUCUUAUCGGAGUACAAGCAAAAUGGAGACACAAGCUUGUGAAGACAGAGAAUUGGAUUGCUCAAGACACCCAACUGUUAGCACUAUGGGAUGCACUCAUUUGUGUCUGUCUCUUUCAUGUAAUGAUUUUAUGGCUAAAAGUCAAUUGACAUACAGAGACAGGCUAGAACGAUGAUUUAUCCUUGAGGAAACGGAAAGUUCUAAGGCAUUUGUGAUAGACAUUUGCAUUCCCACCAAAAUCUGAGGAACAAAAAGAAGGGAUAGUGUUUUUUCUCCCUGUAGGAUCGUCUUAUCUCCACAAGCUAAGCAUUGAUCUGAAUCUACAGUUUUUUCUUCUUCUAACUAUUCCAGAGUUUAACUGUGAAUAAGUUUUAACUACUGCUAACAUGGUGAAGGAAUGUAUUUCAAAAAGUUGUUAUGUGCUGAUAUUUUUUAAAGAGUAUUACUAAAUUAGAUGGGUUUUUUUUGUGAACAUGUUUUGUUUUCUAAAGCAAUGGACUUUAUAAAUUAUUUUACUGGAGAGACGUUUUGAUUUUAAAAGAGUAUUCUUGCAAUAUACAGCUGUACUUAUUUUGUGACAGCCAUCUCAAUUAGAGAGAGCUGGGCUGGACAUAGCCACUAAAUAUUACUGUCAUAGUCAUUUAGCUGUGUUUUGGUUGUUUAAAAAACAAAAAAACAUAAAAGUAAUUAGACAAAAUGUGGUGAUACUAUGCUAGCCAAAUCUCAAUAUAUCAAACUGGAGGAAUGUUGUUAUAACACGUUUUUACUGAUAAUCUCUAGUUGAAUGAAAUUUCGGUGCCAAUAUCGGUACUAGGUGUAUAUGAAGCCCUUGAGUACAUAAUACUAGACAAUCGCUCUUUAGAAGAGUGUUUAUAGUCCAUGACCAUUUUAUUGCACAACAAAAACAUUUCAAAAUUAAUAACAAAGUUAGGAGAAAAAGGCACAAUUAAAGUAAAUUUUAGUCAUUUUGAAUAUAAUGUGCAAGGGCUUUCUGUGAAAGGGUCAAUACUACCUAUCUAGGCACUAUUUAUUAUAAAAUAUCUGUAAGGUGUUUGUGUGAAGACUAUGUGAAUAUACGGUAUGUUAGUGGAGAGUAAGUGAAUUCAGUUUCUAAGCAUGGCUGUUAUGGUGAACGAUGUAUGCUAGAAGGAUGAAGUCCAUUAUGUCCCUUUGACCUACAGAUCUUGCCCUUGUACCACUUACUACUGAGAAACAUAUUAUUUGUAUGUAUAAGAAUAUUUCUCAAAACUAGACAUCAGGACUUUUUAUUUACUGCUCAGUAACUAACAUUACAAUCAUUUUCUUGAAUUGUGGCAUGAUGUAGCCGUAUAUCAUGUCAAAGAUUAUAUGAAGGGAUAAAUGUGAUUUAUAUGUUAAACGUACUGUGUAUGUUUGGAGUAUAGUAUCUGUUUAAUGCUAACGUAAAAAAAAUGUUUUAUUUUUGUACUAUUUUCUGUAAUUUAAUAUAGUUCAGUAAAUCUGUUUUAUCUGUGAGUAAGUGCCAUUUAAUUGAUUCGCCUAUGGAGACAGUGUUACUUGACAUUUUAAGCCUCUCUCAGGUUUUGUAGAAUAACUACCAACGGUGUUUAACUUUCACAAUAAAAGGGUUCAUUUGUCUGAGGAGCUGUGAUGUCUGCAUGCAGGAUAUGUGUACAGCAUGUGAGUAGAUGAUAGCUACCAAACAUCAACCUAGUAGAAGCAGCAACUUUGACCCCAAGUGUGUCUGGUAUUGUACUUGGCCAUUACAAACUCAGAGACCCAAUAAAACUCUUCAAUAUUUUCUGCUGUUUUUAUAUCAUUAACUCUGAAAAUGUUAAAGCAAUCACUGAUGUUUUUAGCAAAUGCAGAGUCAAUUUGGUGAGCUGGUUAAGAAAAACCUGUCCAAUGACUUGACUAUAUUUGCAGAUAGUAAUUGGCAAGUAGUGAAUAUCUUUUUAUGCUUUUGAUAUGGCAACUGUUAAGCUUACUUAGCAGCCUCACACUUCACAGUAGUCAGUGUUCAUUUUAUAUCCGUGUAAAGUGUAUAACUAUGCAUGACAGGAGGUGCAAACGUUCAUUCGUUUUAAAUUUCACAUUGGGAAUCAGCCCCUAUGUGAACGGAUGUGCCGUUGCUUUUCAGUAUGUACACUGUGUAUGGAAGAAGAAAGGUUCCACUCAUUACCUUUGAUUACAGUGUCUGCUUUUGAUACCGGUCUACAAGACAAGGUACUAUGCAAAUUCAUCUCCAUCAGUUCUGUGAUGUUAUAGCAUGACAACCCUCUAACCUACACUAAUGUGUUUUCCAAACAGAGCAUAAACAAGUGUGCUUUAUUUUGAUUGAAUGCUAAUAAGCAUGACAAUGUAGAAGUGUUCAU